AUGGGUAACGAAACGGAUGCCUUCGAUUGUUAUGUCAACGAGAACGACACAACAAAUGGAAUGUGCUAUCAGAUGGAUGAUGCAGCAGUUGAUUGCUACACUAAUGACAAGAAUGGUACACUGGAUAUCACUUCCGAUGGUAGGGUUUUGUACACUGAAAAUGGAACUACUGAAACUAUCUGUUCAUAUGAAUGGGAUGAUAUCGAUGCUGGAGUUUUAUGUAGACAUCUUGGGCUUGGAAUGUCAGGAGGAGCCAAAUAUCUGCCGCGCGACUGGUCAUAUAAUCGGGCUAAUGCCUAUGGCGUCUUUUGCAUGGGUAACGAAACGGAUGCCUUCGAUUGUUAUGUCAACGAGAACGACACAACAAAUGGAAUGUGCUAUCAGAUGGAUGAUGCAGCAGUUGAUUGCUACACUAGUUCAAUGCCGAUGACUGGUUUUUUCGAUGACAAGAAUGGUACACUGGAUAUCACUUCCGAUGGUAGGGUUUUGUACACUGAAAAUGGAACUACUGAAACUAUCUGUUCAUAUGAAUGGGAUGAUAUCGAUGCUGGAGUUUUAUGUAGACAUCUUGGGCUUGGAAUGUCAGGAGGAGCCAAAUAUCUGCCGCACGACUUAUCAUAUAAUCGGGCUAAUGCCUAUGGCGUCUUUUGCAUGGGUAACGAAACGGAUGCCUUCGAUUGUUAUGUCAACGAGAACGACACAACAAAUGGAAUGUGCUAUCAGAUGGAUGAUGCAGCAGUUGAUUGCUACACUAGUUCAAUGCCGAUGACUGGUUUUUUCGAUGACAAGAAUGGUACACUGGAUAUCACUUCCGAUGGUAGGGUUUUGUACACUGAAAAUGGAACUACUGAAACUAUCUGUUCAUAUGAAUGGGAUGAUAUCGAUGCUGGAGUUUUAUGUAGACAUCUUGGGCUUGGAAUGUCAGGAGGAGCCAAAUAUCUGCCGCGCGACUGGUCAUAUAAUCGGGCUAAUGCCUAUGGCGUCUUUUGCAUGGGUAACGAAACGGAUGCCUUCGAUUGUUAUGUCAACGAGAACGACACAACAAAUGGAAUGUGCUAUCAGAUGGAUGAUGCAGCAGUUGAUUGCUACACUAGUACAAUGCCGAUGACUAGUUUUUUCAAUGACAAGAAUGAUGACAAGAAUGGUACACUAGAUAUCGAUUCCGAUGGUAGGGUUUUGUACACUGAAAAUGGAACUACUGAAACUAUCUGUUCAUAUGAAUGGGAUGAUAUUGAUGCUGGAGUUUUAUGUAGACAUCUUGGGCUUGGAAUGUCAGGAGGAGCCAAAUAUCUGCCGCGCGACUGGUCAUAUAAUCGGGCUAAUGCCUAUGGCGUCUUUUGCAUGGGUAACGAAACGGAUGCAUUCGAUUGUUAUGUCAACGAGAACGACACAACAAAUGGAAUGUGCUAUCAGAUGGAUGAUGCAGCAGUUGAAUGCGACAGUCACAUGUCAUCAACGUCUGUACUAAAUACUUUGAUGUAUUCUCCAUCUUCUGUUUACAACAUUCAACCAACAUCAAUGAAUUCCAAUAUGGUACUUCAGUCAACUAUGAGUAUAUUGCAAUUGCCAUCAAAUAACUACGUGGGAAUGAAUCCCUCACACCUGACAUCAAGCAACUAUAUGCAACAAUCUAAUAUACAGCCUUCGCAUAGCACAAUUUCAGUUUCCCGUAGCAUUCCAAUACAAAGUACAAAUGGAUUACAACAAAUAACCACACAAUUUAUUCAAAGCAACAGUAUGCUACCUGCAUCAAGCAAUUACAAUGGGCUGUCAGUAAUGCAUCCAAUCCAGACAACACCAAUUACGACAGCAGUUAGCAGCAUUAAUGGAUCUCCUCUGAUGCAAAAUAGCCAGGUGCAUGCUAUUACGAGCUCAAUAACUCAACAAAGUAUGUCUCAGGUUAUUCAUAAUACACAAACCAAUCAAGCAUUCAGUAGCAUUAUCGGAUCACCUAUUAUGGGUAAUAGCCAUGCACCUGCUUUGACAACUUCAGUACCUCAACAAACUAUGUCUCAUGUUAUCCAAAAUACACCAACAAUACCAGCAUUUAGCAGCAUUAAUGGAUCUCCUCUGAUGCAAAAUAGCCAGGUGCAUGCUAUUACGAGCUCAAUAGCUAAACAAAGUAUGUCACAGGUUAUUCAUUAUACACAAACCACACAAGCAUUCAGUGGCAUUGUUGGAUCAUUUGUUAUGGGUAAUAGCCAGGGACCUGCUUUGACAACUUCAAUACUUCCUCAAAGUAUUUCUCAGCAUAUUCAAAAUACACAGACUAUACCAGCAUUCAGUAGCAUAACUGGAACGCCUAUUGUGCAUAAUAGCCAGACACUUGCUAUUACAACAUCAAUACCUCUCCACAUUACGUCUCAAAUUAUUCAAAAUACACCGAUUACACCUACAUCGAGCAGUGUAAACGGACCUACUGUAAUACAAACAACGCAGUCAUUAAUAGUUAGUGGCUUUGUAUCUCUUCAAACCACUUCUCAGUCAAUCCAAAAUACACCGAUUACACCAGCAUCAAACAGUAUAAAUGGAGCUUCAUUGGUUCAACCUAAGCUGUCAUCUACAGCUUCUAGUUCUACAACAGUAACUUCAUCGUCAACUUCAAGUUCUGUAUAUCCCGUAUCUUCUCAACAAACGACCCAAACAUCGUCUAGUAUGAGUUCAAAUUCUUCUACAACGACACAAUCAAGUCUUUCAAAUAAUCUUGGAUCAGGCAGUUCAUCUGUAUGGUCGUUCUUCAGUACGAAGAUGUUGAUUCUUUCAGUUCUGAUGAUGAUAUCAAUCAAGAAAAUGUUUUGCAGAGAUGCUUGAACAGAAAAAAAAGUGCUUUCCGUUAUAUUUAUAUUUGUAUAAAUGACAAUUUUAUGUGAUAUUCAGAUAUUUAUAUACUAUUUACAGAUGAAAACAAGAAGUUUGUAUUGUGGAUAUUUUUGUAAUAAUAGUGGGGUUUCCCGUUUAUUUUUGGAUUAUUAUUGGCUAUUUCAGGUAUUUGAAAAGAAAAUGAUUACAUUCAAUUUUUCCAUUUUCCCAUUAUAAAUAUAGUAUGUAUCAUCUGUUUUACUACACAUCUUUAUAACUGUUUAUUCGCAAAUCCCUCUGCGAUUAAUCAUGAUGUGCCUAGAAUUAGGUUUAUUGCUAGAAAUUUCGGUAACAUACUUAUUAUAUAUACUUAGAAAUAAGUUCGAAUAUGUCUUAUUUUACAAAUAAUAAAAAUCUGAUAAUAUUCAGAUGCAUAAUUUAAAAACA